AUGAAGGUUCUUACCAAGGAAGAGGAGGCGGCGCAUUACAAUGCCACAGUUAAGGGCGGAUCAAUCGGUGGUCUCAUCGGUACGGCGGUAGGCGCUGCAGGUGUCAUGGCCGCGAGCAGAAGAUACCACUCCUUCAGAGCGCUCACUGUCCCGUUCCGAGCUUUCUUGGUCGCCUCGACAGGAACAUUCGUUGCCGUCAUCGCCGCCGACCGAGCCUCCGCAGCAUACGAUAUCGAACACACCCCCGAGAAGAAGCGCCAAGUCGAGCGUGAAAAGGAGCGUGAAGCCCUUUAUGAACAAAACAGAACCGCCUUUGAGCGCGCGAAAGACUGGGCAACCGAAAACCGAUACCCCCUCCUCUUUGGUUUCUGGAUCGCCUCCAUGGCUGGUUCAUGGCACAUGGUCAACCGCAACCCAUACCUGAGCGGAUCGCAAAAGCUGGUACAGGCGCGUAUGUACGCACAGGGUGGUACACUGGCGGCGCUACUAGGCAGCUUUGCGAUUGAGGGUGCGGAUGCGGCAAAGGGCAAGGGAAGGUGGGAGACGAUCAAGGUUAUCGACCCGAACGAUCCUGAACAUAAGCACGUUAUCGAGAAGAAGAUUCACCAUGAGAGAUACGCUGGUGAGGACCAGUGGAGAGAAAUGGUAGAGGCUGAGGAGCAACGCGAGAAGGAGCGCAAGGCCGCUGCUGCAGGCAAAGAGCACCAGGCCAAGCAGCAUAAGCAUGCUGCUGACAAGAAGGAGGAGAAGGCCGAGAAGGAGGAAGACCAGAAGAAGAACAACAAGGCUCAAGCAUGA